AGAGUCAAAUAGCAUUUUGUUAUACGGUUGGAUUUCGCGCUAUAAGAUUGCUUACAAUAAUUUACAUUGUAAAUUUUGUUUUUUAUUUGUUGAAAGUUAGUUCAAAAAAUGGUUUUCUUAGACAACUAAUUAAGUGUCCUUAACCAAAAAUGGACAUGGAGGCACAUCUCGGUGAAGGUAACAGUGAUGAAGGUGACAUUAUGUCAUUAGCAUUGCUUACUCACCUCUUGAGACUUGUCCCCUGGACGGACCAGAACGAGGCUGAGAUAAAGUGCCGUCGUCUGCUAGAGCGUUACAAGGGAGACGUCCACGACUGGGGAAGCCAUUUUCAAGAAGGUUAUGACUUCUAUGAUAGGAAACUUCUGCUGCAGAUCGAGAAGUUCACACUUCUGCUGCUGGUUUUUCCACCCAGAAAAGGCAACAAAGUACAUGACCAUGGCAGUUCAAGUUGCGUUUUCAAAGUGUUGCAAGGAGAACUCUUUGAACGUCAAUACAACAAACCUAGAGGGGGACAAGAACGACUAGUAAGGAAAGGGCAGAUAACCUAUCGACAAGGAGAACUGAAUACUUCCUCAGCUACCAAUACGCUUCACUGCGUCCGGAAUCUCAGUCGUCGGGAGACCGCCGUGUCUUUGGUCUUAUAUUAUCCAGCUCUGACUGAGUGCCACAUCUACACUAACAGUGGUCACGCCUAUGUAACACAACCAAUGUUCGGUCGAGCUGUGCCCACGGUCCAUGAUCUGCAUCGAUUAGACGGCGACAAUGACGAUGAUGCAGAAGAGAUUGAAGAUCAUGAACUUUGACUGAAAAAGUCAAUCCCCCAAGUCAAAGUCUUCAUCACUCAAAUAGGGGAGAUAACAAUGAAAAUGAAAUACGCAUUUUGUUAGGGAAUAACUUGAAUGUAAAUGGUUUAUAUUGGCAGUAAAUGUUGGUAACUCAAAGACGAAAUUUUAUAAAAAAAAAUUCAAGAGUUUUUUUUUUAUUAUUUCUUUACAGUAGAUCUAAUGAUUAUUAUCUUAUCUUAUCUUAUAUAAUACAGAUAUCUAUAAUAUCUAUACUAUAAGCCUUUUCUUUCCUAUUGAAUGAACAUGCUGUAGUCAUUCACUGUAUUAUAUUAUAUCUUGAUAUAUGCCCACAUGUAUUUAAAUGUCAUAAUGUUAAUAAUUAGACUUGUGCCAUUAGUGGGGGAUAUUUUAUUGCGAUUGGGCAUAGUGGCUUACCAGUUGUAGCCUAGAGUUAAUUAGUAAAGUGUACCUUAUGGCAGGGGGCUUUAGAGACCUUCACUUGUUGAAUGUAGGAGACCACAAAAUAGGACAAAGAAUACGAGGGCUAGACUAUUGUCUUUGUAGUGGGGGUAGCAAUGUAAUGCGAACCGUAUUUUAAAUGUGUUCCGGGCAAAAAGAAAUAUUACUAACAACUAUUUUAAAGUUGCGUAGCACGGGUAUUAUAUGUCUGUACGUAUGUAUGUAUGUAUAAAUACAAAUGUUAAUAUAAUAUGUUAGUUAAGGUCAAAGCUUGUCUUAGGAUAUGAAUUAUGGGUAAGACUGAAAGAGAGGCAAGGUUCGUCUGCGGUGUUGCAAUGUUGAACCUAUGGCCCAGGUAGAUGUUCUUUUGUUUUAUAAAGAAGUUACGUUGUACAUUGGACAAAGUGUAAUUAAAGUGAUCGGAAUUGAGUAGACAUCUUUGUAAAUUAUUGAUAAAUAGAACUAUAGCAAGUAAUAUGUGUUGAACGAAAAUAAACAUAGAUCUAGGUG